GGAACCUACUGUCACAGCGUGCACCACUUGCUUUGCAUGCAUAUUGACCACCGUCAUUAUUGUUAUUGUGAUCUCAUAUCGGCUCCGACGAGCUGAUGGGAUGUCUAUUUAGGAGCUUCCCCGACGCCAUAUAUCAUCCCCUUUUCCAUAGCAUCUCUCUAGCCUAUAAUUGUCUUCAGCCUGUUCCACGUUCCAUCUUCUAUUGAGACGGACUAGUCCUACUCUGGGCAUUCACGAAUCUUCUUUUGUCUUUUUCUUUGCAUCUUUCCCUGAAGUUAAAACCUGUUUCAUCUUUCCCACUACCGGUCUCUGCCACAGGUGAGCCUCACAAUAUCCGGUUCUACCAUCUGUAAUAUGCCCUUUCUACAAGACACGAUGGCUACCUCUAUGCACGAAGAACAGCUCCGUUCGAUGCCUCCCACUGCAGGCGAGGGCUGCCGUCCUCCCGGCGAGCACCACAUCGUGUCCAGCAGCCGAGCCUCCGAUCCUCAUUCCUCCGUGGAGGACUACAACCGCGUCAUGCUGGAAUACACCCAACGCCGGAUGGCAAACUUUGCCGAGUUCGAAGACCACAAUGGCUCGUUCGCGAGCCGUAGCAGCCGCAGCAGUCAAACCAGCGGCAACAGCGGUUCCUCGACCAGUGGCGUGCUGGCCCGUCAGGCGGCUGGGCCGACUGCUGCUUCGGCGGGGACUCCUGAUAGCUCCUAGGGAGGGCGCCGCAGGGCCGGCGCGGACUCGUUCUAGGUCUAACCCUUGGGACGCAGUCGAGGCUGAGCCUUGACUGGAGUUCGUUCCUGGGGAGCAACAACGGACCACACGAGUUUUCAACGUUAUACGGAAUGGAGUUCAUGUUGGUGUGCUUCGGGAGGAUCCGUGGCUGGGGAUGUGUGUGACGCGAUCGGGCCCUCCCAGGCGUUUUAAUUGAUGGAUUAGCGAGAACGCCUUUUCUU